GUCCUCACCACCUCCAGCAUCUCAUAGCAUUGACCGACCGACUGUAUUGAUAGGCCUUGUCAGUGCAGUACACGCACGAUGCCACAGGUCCCGGGACGGCCGGAGCGAUUUCGUCCUAAACACCAGAAUUUGGUGUUGAAGUGCUAUCCACGCCUCCCCAAGAACGCGGCAGCCGAUGUUAGACCCAACAAUUCAGAGCUGGCGUAUCUAUUAUACUAUGCGAGUACGCGGCAGCACAAACUCCCCAAAGUCGGCAGUUACCUUGAGAGCAAAACGGCGUAUGAUGUUUCUCACAGCCAAAGCGCGCGCGUCCAAAUCACGCUACAGAUCCUCACGGCCGUUCUCGAGCACAGCACGAUCAAUCGCGCCUCCGGAUUCGCCCUGAUUGCCCCCUCGGUGCUGCGCAUCAUCCGCGAGAUCAUGAACAACUCGACCGACAUAUCCUUGAUCGAAGCCACCCUCGCCACGUGGGAUGUGCUGUGCCAACAUCAGGACGCUGCCAGUCUCGCUGCCGAUCCCGAAUACCGCGAGUCUUACACACAGGUGGUGCGAUUAUACGGCUCUUUGGCGAGGAACAACACCAAGAAACUUGGCAAGUCAACCCAGCCAGUCGCGAACCACGAUGGUCUGCGGUUGCGGAAAGCCGGAGUCGCCGCCAUUACUAGCAUUUUCGCGCCAAAGGAACAGCUCGAACGCAACUGGAAUCGCGAAUUUGACAACGCCUUCGCAUCUGUCUUGACGAAUUUGCGCAAUUCAAGCAAACAGGACUACGUCGACUAUUUGCAGGGAUUGAAUCGCGAGGCGGAAGAGAAAGAAGGGAGGGACAGUAAGACGAUAGCACGGAGACAGAGCAUCACGCACAACAGGACUCUUUCGUCCUAUCAGGAGGAGCAGGAGCCGGAUCCGCGUACGGCCGAAGGGACAACACAGGACGCCGAUCGCAUUGAGGAAGAGGAAGUAGGGCUUCUCGCCAUUGACUGUGUGAAGGCCAUAUUUGACACGCAAAAUCGAGGUCAAACACGAGAGGCUACGUUCUCAUUCAUGCGAUACAUUGCGGGAGAGCAAGGCCGCAACAUUAACGAAUGGGCGAGCCAGCUAUUCCGCCUCAUCACAUCCUGGACUCCUGUGCAGGACCGAUUCGUAAUAGUGUUUACUGCUGUGGAGACAUUGCGGCGGCUACCGGUGGAUGGCGCAGACUUCAGAUUGCAUGAAACCUACGCUAAAAUGAUUCAUGGCGUGGUGGGUUCUGACUUGAACCUUAUUGGCCUUUCAGUGAUGGAUGUGCUGAUUGGGCUCAUGACAACGACCAUUCGAGUGGUCACGUAUUGUGCGCGUCCCGGGAAUAGCUUGCUGAGCCGGGAGACCACGUCGGGCGACAACAGUGAACAGAGCGCGGCGACGGCAAGCGUAGAGACGUUGAAGUUGAGCAUUGCUUGUUUGGCUGGGCAUGUGUAUUACUCGGACCAAGUGACCGACAUGAUUGCCGCUCUGCUUGUGCGAGUCAAAGCAUAUCCUUCGGCCACUGACUUCAAAAGUAACAUAUUCGGAGAAAGAAGGUCCCGAUCGAAUACAAGGGCUACCGAAGGCACGACGUCUAAACAGAGGAUUGGCACCUCUCGCGGAGCCAAGCCUGCUGCUAAUCUGGCGUAUCCUGGCCGCCCGAGCACAGCAGGACCGACAACAACAGCAAAGGAAGCUAUCCUCGACGACAAGUCGGAACACGACAAAGAGAGGAGCGAAAGGAGUAAUAGCUUGCGGAGUGGCUAUUUUACCACGGACGAAGGCAGAAAGUGUGCGUUUGAGAUCAUUCAAAGCAUCCUGCAGGUUGCGCAAUCUACUAAAAAACAAGCGCACAACAACGUGGCUAUCAAGCGGAAUCGCGUGCCUGUUGGGGUGUGGGACGGAACGCAAUGGCUCGCUCGUAUGGGCAGCGAGGAUGUUCGCGCUGCUUACAAGGAUGCCGUCACGACCUGGGCACGAUACGAGUCGGAUGAGAAGGAUGCCACUAUCCUCAAUUUUGAAGCAGAAGACUGCUUCGGCAAGUUUGUGCAGAAGGAGAAGCCUGCUUCUUUGCGAGACAGUAUCGACCAAAGCCAUCAAAGCCACCCCCAGCUACUCAUGUUGCCAAACUUUGGUGCUGAGAGGAGAUUGAGCUCGGGUAACAUCAGCAGCACUGGUGUCGGAGCUGAGGGGAACGGCUCCAUCAAGCCUCGAGUCCGAGCGACAGACUUGGAGGAUAUAAUGGACGGCAAGAGGCAAGUGGAACUUGCAGUGGAAGUUUCGGACGGAGAAGCAGUCGAUCUCCAAAAAUUACUAGCUGGUAUACAGGUGGACAACAGCAAGAAGGCAAGAGUGCCACUCAUGGCAGCGCCGCCAUAUUAAAGCUGGAAUUGGGGGCCAGGCUAUAUAUAAUGAAGCUCGGCAGUGCAGCGAAGAUGGGAUGGAGGCUGGAAUGUGAUACCCACCAAUUGCGUUGACCAAUAUUUUGCAAUUAAUAUAUAGUAGUACCAUUGUGUCAGGAUACAUGGAGAGGUGAAUAUCGCCUAUAUAGCCAAUAGGAGAUACAAUACAACCAGGAAAGGC